AUGAGUUUCGGAAGAACCCCUAAUGUUGAAUCUUCACCAGGAAAACCACCAUUGAGAGGAAGCUUUCCUUUAGAUCACGAUGGUGAAUGUAAACUUUUUGUGUUGGAAUUUAUGAAAUGUCUGAAAGAAAACAAGCAUAAUAAUGGUUUAUGCAGACAAUUUUCGGAAGCCUAUCUUCAAUGUCGUAUGGACAAUGGAUUAAUGGAUAAAGAUGACAUGAAAAACUUGGGAUUUGCUGAUUUA